UCAUCCUUCUCAGAAAUAUCUGCUUCUCUCCAGUAGGUGGCGCACUGCUCGCUGCUGCCACACUCCAUGGGCGCCAUUCGGCGCUCUGGUUCGCCUCUUUCACUCUAUUGUUCCGCCUUAGUGUUUAUUCUCUUCCGCUUCCGGGUCACGUUCCUUCUUUCCGUGCCAUCGCUGCCGGCAGGAUGGUGAACGUCCCCAAAACCCGCAGGACUUACUGCAAAAAAUGUGGAAAGCACCAGCCCCACAAAGUGACCCAGUACAAGAAGGGCAAGGACUCUCUCUAUGCUCAGGGAAAGAGGAGAUAUGAUCGGAAGCAGAGUGGUUAUGGUGGUCAGACAAAGCCUAUCUUCCGUAAGAAGGCCAAAACCACAAAGAAGAUUGUGCUGAGGCUUGAGUGUGUGGAGCCCAACUGCAGGUCCAAGAGAAUGCUUGCCAUUAAGAGGUGCAAGCACUUUGAGCUGGGAGGAGACAAGAAGAGAAAGGGCCAGGUGAUCCAGUUCUAAACUCCAUCCUGUUCAUUGUUAUGGAAUCCAUUAAAGUUUGUAAAAGAA